AUGUACAGGAUCAGUGCCCGUGAGCUCGUGAUGGCUCGAGACGACACCGGCCGCCUCUCUGACAAUCGCAAUCACCUGCAGUCCCUUUCCCUACGUUACAUCGGCCGCCUUCCCAUCGACACCCUCGCUGGCGUGGUCCAUCGUUACGCUUUGGAUUCAGGAUCAUCAGCAAGCCCUGCUCGCCCGUCCGAACCGUCCGAGAUGCCCCUGUUUGAAGGCCGUACUGGGAGGUCGGUGCUGUACGGUACGUACGUCAUUGGCAGGACUACGCGGGCAUAGCGCAGGGAGAUGACGAGCGAUCCGUGCGCAACGUUCGACUCAUCGCAUCUCGCGGGCGAUGCGUGCACGCAGCCGGGAGCGCCGCGGCGGUAGCGCACCUGGUCAUGAUGCUCGUGCCGAAUUCUGUCCAAACGUACAGCUUGAUGCAGACGGCGGUGGCUAUCCUCGCUAUUGCGUCCCUGGCGGUGAUGGUGGUGACGCACCAUAGGAGAGAUGGCGCUCUGCUCACGCAUACCCAAGAGGAGAUGGUGCUCAUCGCGGCCUUUGGGCUCAUGUGGUUCGCUGUCCUGCUGGGAUGGCGUGCCUUCCAGCAACGCGGCAUCGACCCAGGUACGGCGGCCAACACCGACCUCGCCAGCGCGACGGGCCGCUCAGCUAACAAGUACAACGAAGGCUUCACACCCGAGCGGAGGCCGUACCCGUGUAGGAGCGACUCUGUGUAUUGCGUCGUCGAGGAAUGGACGUACUGGUGAUGUUUAGGGGUGCAUCUCUCGUAUUUCCGGCUGCUCUUGUGGUCUCAUGCUAUAAUCCGCCCACGAGGCCCGCGUUGAGCGCGAUGAUGUAUUUUAUACUGGAGUCUCGGUGUUUUAGGAAAGCUUUUUUCAGAAGCCUCACGUUGCGGAACCUGCUAGAGCGCAGCUACGUGCGGUUCCGUACGCCAGCGUCGGCACCAGUGGCACGUAUCUAUUGCACACUAUUCUCGUCAGUGGCACUCUGCAUGCACCUCCUUCCGUUCGUGGGCAGCGCUGCUC